GACCAAGAUAGCUUUAAGAAACUUCAGAAAUUGUACACUUAAAAAAACUUUUAUUAAAGCUCUUUUGAAAACAAAACAACAUUAAUCCUGGAAAUCAAUCUUUAAUUUAUUAAACUUCAAAAAAAGUACAGUGAAAAUAUUUUAAGAUUUGUCAACCAAAGGGGUUACAUGAUGUUUAAGGGCCAUUGACUGUACAAGAGAACUCUUAUACAGUCCAUAGUAGGGGCCAACAGUGUUUGUCCCUUUGUGCCCCCUCCAGGCUUCUAGAUCCUUAACCCCCACACCCCAAAACAUCCCGCAUAGGUGAACCGGUGACUGUGAGGAGCAAGGCUGAUUGUCCAGCCUAUGAUAUCUGAUAGAGUCCUUUAAUCCCUUUUACCGUGACCUAAAUUAAAAGGUUAUUUAUUACAGUGAAAUUUACAACUACAGGUAAAAGUUAUCAAACCUAAUGGUUUUACAUAUACUUGUUUCCCAUUUCAGAAUUAGAAAAUAAUGCAAACAUAAUCCAAUGCUAUAAUUUACUUAAAUCUAUGCUAAUAAAUGACCAACUGGAUAAUUGUUUUCUCAUUUUAGGAAAAAAGAGUUACGAUUUCCGAUUACAUAUGAACGCAGCACCAAAAUUGCCUCCAUUUUGAGCCGUUUCGCUGGUUUCCGGGUUUCCGAGAACAGACCGAUAAAAAAACGGUGUCAGCGGGAAGGAUGGCUCUGCCUGCGAGUCAGGAGUGCGGAUGAAGUUUUCCUAGACACCGUACAUUGCGUGGAAGUGUCAGUCAGACGCCUUAAGUGCGGGUUUUGUUUAAUGUUGUUACCGCUCGGCUAGCCGUUUGACAGCACAGCAGUAAACAAGCUCUGCGCUAAAGCAGCUAACCCACCGCGGCUAGUUUCUGGUCAACCGACCGCAGCUCGCUAAUGUUAGCUGCCUAACCUGUAUGUGUACCUAAAGCGUCACGUCAACGCGUCUCGUUCUGUUUGCUUCUCUGUCGUCGAACUGCUUUGACGAAGGACUGCCGUCGACCACCGACCAUUCAUGUUGUUCUGGAGGACAAAACUACCGAAGCUCGUCAAGUCGGGGAGUUGGUGUGCGUCGACCCACUGCUCACAGUGAAGUUGCUGGCCUUGACGUCGUGUAGAAAAAGUGCCAUACGAGGGUCAGGAUGCCUAUUCCUCCCCCACCUCCUCCACCUGGACCCCCACCUCCCCCAGCUUUCAAUGAGGCCAACAACAACCCCCCCAAGCUGAAUCAGGGCGGGGCCAAAGGCAGAGGAGCGCUGCUGUCGGACAUCCACAAAGGCGCCAAGCUAAAGAAGGUGGUGGUGAAUGACCGCAGCGCCCCGAUUAUAGAGAAAUCUGGCGGUGGUGGCAGCGGAGGAGGAGGAGGAGGAGGAGGAGGAGGAGGAGGGAGCAGUGGUGGAGGUUUUGGAGGUGGAGGACCAAUGGGAAUGGGAGGACUUUUUCAAGGAGGUGUGCCUAAAUUACGGCCCGUUGGAGACGGUCCGGUUGUUGGUUCCCUCGGCAGAUCCGCCCUCAAGCCGCCGGGAUCCCGGCCUGCUGCUCCUCGCCCCCCCACGGGUCGCUCCAGCUCCCCCACCCCGCCCAACAGGCCCUCUUCGUCGGAGCCCCAGCGGUCGCACCGCCCCUCCCUGCCAGACAUCUCCCACUCCCACAACAGCAGCUCCUCCGGCGGGAUGAAGCACAGCACAUCUGCCCCGCCGCCCCCUCCCCCCUUCAACAGAGGAAACCGCGGCAACGCUCCGCAAGCGCCUGCUUCAAGAGAGAAACCCCUCCCACCAACGCCGCAAAGAGCUCCCGCGCCGUCAAGUACGGCGAGGCCCCCGUCGUCCUCGAGCAGACCGCAGCCCAGCGGCUCUCACGCUCCUCCCCCUCCUCCCCCUUACAGACCUCACCUGUCAGGUGGGGUCUCCAACGGGCCCUCCGACGUGGAUGGAGGGGGGGCCCCUGAGCUCCCGCGGAGACACAACUCGCUGCGUAAGAAGCACUCAUCAGGGGGGCGGAGUCAAGCCCCACCGCCCCCUCCUUCUCCAUCCUCCCAGCAGGGCAGCCGGCCACCGCCGCCCGCCAGAGAACCACCUGGACGCAGAGCAGUCCCCCCGGCCCCCCCUCCCAGCUCUCGGAACGGCGGUCGUGAUGCCCCUCCUCCCCCGCCUCCGUAUCGUGGCCACAGCUCUGGAGGCUCAGAGCCCCAGAUCCGGGUGGGGAAGCCUCCUCCCCCCGUCUCCUCCUCAGCUCCACCAUCUACCAGAACGCCAGCGGGGCCGCCCCCUCCUCCUCCACCCAUCCGCAACGGUCACUCCAGCUCCUCCUCUUCUAGACCAAACACAGAUGAAUUCGAAGCCAAGUUUGUUUUUCACCCAAUUGAAGAGCUGCCUCCUCCGGAUGACUACAAGCCCUUCAGCAAGGUCUACCCCAGCAAAAGCAACAAAGCUAUGCUACGAGGAGCCCCUCCGGCGCCGCCGGUCAUGAGGUGAACAGACCGGAGCUCAGGACUGUACUCCACGGCGGGUGGAGGAGGGCGGGUAAAGAAACGCUCAGAUUAGACAUUCCUUACACUAACACUAAAGCAGCAGCCGGACGCUGGGCGCCCAACAGCACGCCGACGUUUGAUGCCCCGUACCUGGACGGGAAAACGAGGAGCCCGCUCCACCUCAGCGACCCCGCCGGCUGACGGGAUGCCAAGAAAUUCCUUUUUGUACUUCAGGUCCAAACUCCAAACACACUUCCUGAUCUGUGCGUCAUUCCAGCUGUUUUGAUAACCUGAUUCUUUGCUUUUUGUUCAUGAAAAGAACUUUUUGUGAUCCAUUUGUUUUAUUUUUUUUGUGUCAACCUUGAUGUUUGUGGGGGAAAAUAAUCAACACUACGAAUUUCCAGCAGACUAACUCGGUCCGGUCUUUCUCCAGACGUUCUGGUGGUUUUGGUUGAUCCGGUCUGGUUGCCGACCGUCAGGGAAGCUGCAGCCGACUCGCUGGUUUUGUUUUUUUCUUUUUCUUCUGUGUGCCAAACGCAGCGGAGUCCCGUGAACGGUGACGACGGCUUCGUGUUCCUGAUUUUUGAGUUUCUCUCGAUGGUGGACGAAGCGUUGAGUUGGGAAGUGUUUUUUUUUAUUUUACAUUUGGAGAGGGAACGUUUCCUGUUAACUGACAUUUGUUGAACUGCUAAAGCAACACUGUGCUGAAUCCAGACUUGAUUCACUUUGAUGUAAGACCGAGAACUGAUUUAAAAAAAGCAAAGAAUGUUCUCCGUUUCUGCAGAGCUGCAGCUGAUGAGUCUGUGAUUCAGCUGCAGAUCUUCAGAGAACUUCACUACAUUCGCAGACGCCUUGAGGAAGCCGAGUGCUGCUGGAGGAAGAUUCAGGAGGAUGAUAGAUUGCUAUGCAAAGGAUGAGUUUGUGUUGAUUGUAGAGAAAACAGGUUAAAAAAAACACUUAAGUGCCACAGAAACUGGUAAGGAAUAGAUGGAUGUUUAUUUUUCAGAAGCCACACUAUGACACUAAUCAUAUCCACUCUGAAAGAUGCUGUUUGGGGUCAGUUUGCUUCUUCUCAGUGACGCAGCGCCUCCUGCUGGUCGAUGCCUUACAUCGCUCUGUCGUCUCUCGGUGGUACCAGUGCUUUUAUAUAUUUUUGUUUUUUUCAGGGGGAAUAUGGUGACAAAGUAAAUAAGAAAUGACUCUAUAUGAAGAUGCAAUAAACAUUGUAUAUUUACACUAAGAAA